AUGUCCACCACAUCCCCAACGGAAGCGCCUUUGAGCAGCACACCAAACGGUUCUGGAGCUACUGCGAACACCCAAUCACAGAACACUGGCUUUCGCAAAGGCGCUGCAUUCUGGUUCUCCUUCACUGCUAUCCUCGUUUGCACGUUCGUCAGUGCACUUGAUAUCAGCGCAAUCUCCACCGCCCUCCCGACCAUCACCGACUCCCUCGCAGGCGGAGACAAGUUCGUCUGGGUAGGAGCUGCCUAUGGUCUUGCAAGUGCCGCCAUUCUACCCCUGUCCGGCCGCUUGGCAGAUGCCUUCGGCCGUCGUCCAGUCAUGCUCGCCUCUGUUGGCCUCUUCCUGCUCGGGAGCGCGAUCUCAGGAGCGGCACAAAAUAUGAACAUGCUCAUCGCUGGGAGGACGGUACAGGGGAUAGGCAGUGGAGGGAUCCUCAACCUUUCGGACAUCAUUAUAUCCGACCUCGUACCACUAGCGGAGCGAGGAAUGUUUAUGGGCAUCUUCAUGAGUGUCUGGGCACUUGCUUCCGGUGUCGGUCCCCCAAUCGGUGGUGCUCUGUCCAAGGCGAACGCCUGGCGUUGGAUCUUUUACCUCAAUUUACCACUUACCGGGGUCGCAUUCUUCUUCGUACUAUUCUUCCUCCGAGUUCGUACACCCUCGGGCUCUGUGCGUGAAAAGCUUGCGCGUCUGGAUUUCGUCGGUAAUCUGAUCAUAAUUAUCGGCACGACACUUGCCCUCAUUGGGCUGACGUGGGGAGGCGUGGCGUACACAUGGAGCGACGCGCACACGCUAGCUACCCUCAUCAUUGGCUUCGUAUUCAUCGGCCUGUUCUUCGUCUACGAGUGGCUCGUGCCGAAGGAGGCCAGCAUACCCUGGGACGUUGUCGGCAACAGGACGUCUAUGUCUGGGUAUCUCGGCACGUUCUUACACGGCAUCACGACACUAGCACAAUUCUAUUACAUCCCCGUCUACUUCCAAGCAUGCAAGGGCGCGUCUCCCAUCCACUCUAGCGUCCAGACGCUUCCUAUGGCCCUCAUCGUUUGUCCCUUCGCCUUCGCCGCUGGCACAUCCGUCCAAAUCACUCAGAAGUAUCGGUGGGCAAACGUGACCGCCUGGUGUACUCAAUUGAUCGGUUUCGGCCUGCUAUCAACGCUGAAGGCGGACAGCUCGACGGGCAAAUGGGUAGGAUACCAGGUCAUCACUUCUGCUGGGGUCGGGUUUCUGUUCGGCGCUUCGGUGUUUCCUGUCCUGGCACCCCUGCCCCUGUCCCGAAACGCAGCGGCGCUUGCGUUCUUCGCGUUUUCCCGCACGUUCGCGCAGUCGUGGGGCAUCACCAUCGGCUCUGCGAUUCUCCAGAACCAGCUGGAAAAGAAGCUUCCGCCGCAGUUCAAUGCCCAGUUCCCAUCGGGCGUGCAGAUCGCGUACGCAGCGAUCCCCGUCAUUGGAGGCCUCGAGGAGCCGCUGCGGACGCAGGUGCGCGAUGCGUUCGCGGCGAGCUUGAAGGUCGUGUGGCAGACGAUGAUCGGCAUCAGCGGUGUGGGCCUACUUUCGGUUGGGUUGAUGAAGGAGGUGCCGAUGCAGGGGCAGGUGGACGAGACGUACGGCCUCCACACCGAAACGAAGGAGCCAACGAACUCCAGAGAUUCGGAGAAGCAGACCGAAGGCGCUGUGAAGGUCGACUGAUUCAGUCAAUGGUAGUUGAGUGGGGUCUAAGCCGCGUGAGGAGCACGUGUGCGCUCAACGCGUUUUCGCCGCGAUGUGCAAAGCUGUUCUCUUGCUCAACGCGUCCCCGGCGGCGCGUCGCUCUUUGCUCUAUUUGCUUAUGUCUAUUGGCUUCUGAUGUUGCUUUCUUACUACAUCCUUCCUCACCAGCCUGCUCAAAAGCUAUGGCACGAUUAGUUAGACCCCCCUCGCCUCCUUCCUCACCGGCAUGCUUGAAAAUUUCCAGGCUUCGAGCAUUGGUAUUUCCUUUUUAAUACGCACACUUCUACAAUUGUAGAUCUUCCAUUCCUUACAUUACACUAGUUCUAUGGGUUGUCUCUUCGACUCCGCCGGCUUGAGCUCAGCCUCCUCCCGGUCGCGUGAGAGAGAGCGGUAGCGACGCAAAUCGGAUGUAUCAUCCUGCGCAGUUCGCAGCGCCGUCCCAAUGUCAU